AUAAAACACGAGGAACCAGAAACACGGAGAAUAAAACACGAGGAACAAGGAGGACUUAUGAAAAUGAAAGAAGAAAGACGAGAUCUGAAAGAGGUGGAUGAGAAAUAUCCCGAUCAGAAAGCUCUUGAUGUCAAUGAAGAAAAAUCAACGAGUUGCAGCAUUAAAAAAACAGUAGUCAAGAGGCCUUUCAGCUGCUCUCAGUGUGGAAACACUUUCACAUGUAACAGAAAUCUUAAGGAUCACAUGUUAGCUCAUGCUGGAAUAAAGCCUUUCAGCUGCUCUCAGUGUGGAAAGAAUUAUACGAAGAAAUCAAACCUUAAUAGGCACAUGUUACUUCAUACUGGGAAAAAGUCUUUCAGCUGCUCUCAAUGUGAAAAGAGUUUUACACGGAAAGAAAACCUUAAGAAUCAUUUGGUAAUGCACUCAUCAGAGAAACUUUUCAGCUGCUCUCAGUGUGGAAACAGUUUCACGUGUAAAGCAAGCCUUGAGGAUCACAUGUUAAUUCAUGCUGGGUUAAAGCCUUUCUCCUGCUCUCAGUGUGGAAAGUGUUUUACAAAGAAAUCAAGUCUCAAUAGGCACAUGUUAAGUCAUACUAAGAUAAAAUCUUUCAGCUGCUCUCAGUGUGGAAAGAGUUUUACAAUGGAAAACUACCUUAAGAAACAUUUGGUAACACACUCAUCAGAAAAACCUUUCAGCUGCUCUCAGUGUGGAAAAGCUUACAGGUGUAAAGCAAGCCUUGAGAAGCACAUGUUAAUUCAUGCUGGGUUAAAGCCUUUCUCCUGCUCUCAGUGUGGAAAGGGUUUUACAAAGAAAACAAGCCUUAAUGUGCAUAUGUUAAUUCAUGCUGGGAUAAAGCCUUUCUCCUGCUCUCAGUGUGGAAAGGGUUUUACAAAGAAUUCAAGACUUAAUAGACAUAUGUUAAGUCAUACUGGGAUAAAGACUUUUAGCUGCUCUCAGUGUGGAAAGAGUCUUACAAAUAAAUCAAGCCUUAAUAGGCACAUGGUAGUUCAUACUGGGAAAAAGCCUUUCCCCUGCUCUCAGUGUGGAAAGAGUUUUACCCAGAAAUCAAGCCUUAAGGAUCACAUGUUAAUUCAUGCUGGGAAAAAGCCUUUCUCCUGCUCUCAGUGUGGAAACACUUUCAGACAUAAAGCAAGCCUUGAGAAGCACAUGUUAUUUCAUGCUGGGAUAAAGCCUUUCUCCUGCUCUCAAUGUGGAAGGAGUUUUACACAGAAAUCAAGCCUUAAGGAUCACAUGUUAAUUCAUGCUGGGAAAAAGCCUUUCUCCUGCUCUCAGUGUGGAAAGACUUUUAGAUGUAAAUCACACCUUAAGCUUCACAUGUUAACUCAUACUGGGAAAAAGCCUUUCUCCUGCUCUCAGUGUGAAAAGACUUUUACGUGGAAAGGACAACUUAAGACUCAUUUGGUAACUCACACUUCAUAAAAGUCUAAGCAUAAGAGUGUUACAAGCUCUGGGUGCAUAAAGAAGAUCUGUAAAGUUGCAAAGACUAAUGUCUUAAAUCCAAAGAGAUAUCCUUUAUAAAAGUUAAGGGUCAACCACACCCUCUAAAACGUCUCGUUCUACACAUCUCGAUGUCACUGUGUGGGAAGAAUUGCAUAACACCGCCCAAAUGUUCACACAAAGAAAGAAGGCAUAACUUCUAUUCUCUCUGUUGCUGCAGCUGCAAUGUUUUGGAGUCGAUGUGUUUCGUUGAAGUGAAACUUUGUUUGGCCUUCCGAAAGAGGACAUGACUAGAAAUCAGUGUUUAAGUUGUAUUUCAACACUGUUCCAGAACAGUCCAACCCAAAUAUUCAGAUGUAUGCUGCG